AAAGUUGUUUAACAGCAAUUUAUUACUCACACGCCAAACUGGCUAAGUUACCCUUUCGUAUAAAUUUCAUAACUUUUUACAGAAUAUCUAACUAAAUGAUAAAUUAAAAUGGUUCUUAAAUCAAUUUUAGUUUUAGUUACUUGUGUGAUAUUUAUUUUACAUGGACUUACUUCGGUUUCGGCGGAAUGCACCAUUCCAGUGGUUCUUCGAAAUACUUGGUUUUCUUUUGAAAAUGGAAAGCAAACGAUCACUGAUAUAAAUGCCAAUGAAAUGACUGGAAGGGGAAUAUGUAUUAAUAUUAAAGCAGAUUAUCAUGUAAACUACACAAUGGUUUUUCAACACUCCAAGUGCUAUUACUGUGUUAAGUUAAUAGUUCGAACUGUGAAUGUUUUGGAGAAAAUUGAAACACCUUGUGUUGAUUUGCCACCUGAUCAAGAGCCUACAGUAGAAAGAGUGUGCAAAGGGUUUAAACCUGAUCAAUCUCUGAUAACAUUGUUCUCGGAGAAUUCAGUUCCAGUUAACUGCAGGUCUUCACUUGAAGGUGUGUGGCAAUUUGCUUAUCAGAAUCGUUUCCGAUUCACUGGUGAAUGUAACCACCCAGGUGCUCAGAUUAAAUCGUGUCAAACAGCUGGGACUCAGUUUCUUAUAACUAACCAGAAGUUCAAUAUAACUUAUAAGGAAUGUCCCGGUAUGUCUGGUACUUUUGAAGGUGUCGUUGAAUUCAGCUGUCUAGGACAUUGGUUUGUCGAUAAGAACCACUUCUUUGCUGUGGCGAAUACAAAGGAGUCACGUAAGGAUGAAAGAUACCGUUGCUUCCUUAAGAAUCGGGACGAUGACCUGUAUAUUGGUGCGUCCAUAACACCUCAAUGUAACACUUUGAAAACAGUCGAAAAGUCGCCGGAGAGAUACAGAAUAACACCAGUGAAGGCAGAAGUAGUGGAACCAGGUUGCCGUUUGCCUCAAAACUUCGGAGACUGGAUCAAUACAGCAAAUAUUGAUGCUGAUGUGUUCAUCAACGAGACUCACAUCAUUGAAACUUAUUAUCCAGAUGAGGGGAGAUACAGAAGGACAAUAUAUGUGUGCAAAGAGCAACGUGACAGUCGUGUUAUGAUGGCCCGGCUUACAGUUGAUGGUUGUCAAAAAGAUUACGUCUGUUUUGACUUUGUACCUCAACAUCAUAAUAUCAUAAGAUAUCGUAAAGGCCUAGCCAUGAUACAAAGUAAUUUCCACACAGUCUGCUCAUGGGUACAAUUUCCGAACAAACAGAAAUGGCGUUACGAUUUAUUCUUGAAGAGAGAUCCCUCACCAAUAAGAUGUCCUGUUGCCGGUAAAUUUAACUUUACACAAAGAGGAGAUGUCAAAUUUGAGACUAGGAUACUCGGUGGAGUAACUUUGAGUCCACGUCCGAACUUGUACUGCAAACUGAACAUAAGUGACUUUUCUGUAUGCGAUGUAGAUCAGAAGACCAUACAAAUAAAAGAGAAUUAUUGCUUAACCGUGGACCAUUUGGGUCGACCAGUGGAUAUUUACAGUGACCCAGAUUAUAAAAUGAAAUGUAUCGGAUAUUGGAAGGAGAAUUUGAAGUCUUAUUUGAUCACAUAUGAUGAAUUGGAUCCCUUCUCAAAAUAUAGAUGUUGGGUUUACCAAAGAGCUGAUCUCAACAGAGUUCUUAUGUCUCAAGCUCUGGGUCCGUACUGCGAUUUGAAGCAAGAUGUAACAUCAUGGAAUUACACUGAGGGUGCCGCUGUGGCUAUUGAAAUGGAAGAAUAUGAGAGGGAGAGGGAUCAAUGUCCUAUGCAUUUCGAUGAUGGUAGUGACCCCUGGUCAACCAAAGAAAAUUAUAUUAAGGUGUUUAACUUUGCUUACUCAUUUUGGAGAAGCAAUGGUGCAGCCACCAUAAGAAUGUUUUUACCUCUCACAGCUUUAGUAUUUGGUAUAAAUAUUUGGAAGAAUCUUAAUAUUUUCUGUAGGUUAAUGUAGAAUUUUAUUUUAUAAGUGAUGUGUUCAGUAAUGGCUGCCUUAUUAAGACAAGUGUAGAAAGAAUUUUCAUAAUGAAUUACGAAAUCUGUGGAUUUUUUUAAUUUGUGGAUUUUUUGGAAUUUAUGAACUCUUAACCAAUUAAGAAAAUAACAAUGGGAGAUGAGCAAAACUAAUUUUUUCUAUUGUAACAGGUAAAGGUGUAGCAUUUUGUUAACUUUUUAACUUGGUAAACAAAUUAUAAAAAAUAUAUAUCACUAUUGAAAUAAUUUAUUAUAAUUUAACAUAAAAAAUAUAUAUAAAAUUUAACCUCAAUGUCUACUAAAGUACCUGCCAUUACUAAAAGCAAAUUAACAUUUAAUAGAAAUAUUUUCAAGACAUUUCUUUUUUUUAAGUUUAUUAUUUUUAAUUCAAAUUACAUAAAUAAAACCAUUACUUCUUCUAUAUCAUAAAAGUUUUCUUAAUAACCAGGUGUAGUGUAAUACAAAGAAUAGUCUAUAUAUAAGUAAUCUCAAAAAGAUAUCUGUAAUUUUGUGCCUUACGUAACUGUAUGUAAUAGUUAUUUUAUAUAGUUUGGUAGGAAAUAAUGUACUGGUAGUAUUUUAAAUUUAUUUAAAAUAGAUUUAUAUGUAUAUAAUUCCGUCCAAUAUUGUUUUUGACAUAUCCAAUUCCGUCCAAUACUAUUGUUUACUUUGUUUAGUAAAAGAAAUUAAACUAAAUAAAUUUG